CUAACCCCGCAGGAAGCCUCGGCUUUGUGGCUCAUAUAGCAGGGGAGGGCUAUCAGGAUGACUGCGACACUACAGACACCAGCUGUGUGUUUCACAACCUUCCCUGUGAUUUGUGUUUGAAUAUAACUGUCCAAGCUCAGGGAUCCCAAUGCAGCAGUCUCCCAAGUGUCAUUGAAUCCAUGGAAACAGUCCCGUGCAUCCCUCAGAACGUGAGUGCCACACUGGGGUGUUUGAAUCACUCAGCCUCGGUGACGUGGGCAGGAAGCCCGAGUGCGAUAGGAUACAAUGUGACAUUAACAAGCCAGGAUGGACACACACACCACUGCCACAGCGACACUUCCAGCUGUGAUGUACCUGAUAUCCACUGUGGCGAAACCUACAGCAUCACAGUCACACCGUUCUCGAUGACGUGCACAGGAAACCAAAGUGCUGCCUACAGCUUCAGCUCAGGUCUUUGUCCUCCCAGUAAUGUCAGUGUGUCUCCAAAUUGUGAGGACAACACUGUCUCUUGGUCUCUAGUGCCAGGGGCAGAAAUGUACAUAGCAACCGCAAGUGCAGAUGAUGGACAUACUCACACUUGCAGCUCAAACUCCUCCAACACAUGUCAUUUCACUGAUCUCCAUUGUGGGGAAACCUACUCCGUCACUGUACAAACAGUGGACAGGGGCUGCUUCAGCGAACCAAGCUCAGCCGUGGUGCUGACGACAGCUCCCUGCCUCCCAGAAAACGUCUCAGCAGAAGUACAGUGUAACACUAAUGUGAUGGCUGUGAGUUGGGCACAGACAACUGGCUCGGGUGACUACACUGCCUGGGCGAUCGGCACAGACGGACACAAUGCCUCUUGUAAUGCUACAUCCGACUCCUGCAGCAUCAGUGGCCUGCAGUGUGGCAAAGUCUAUGACGUGUCUGUCACCCCGUCCACCACUCAAUGCAGCGUCAUUGCUGCCUCUGACUACAGGGUUCAGGCUGCUCCCUGUAAACCUGAGAACACCGCUGCUGAGCAGAACUGUAGCAGCAACGUCAUGACAGUAACGUGGGACGAGGGGAACACGGCUCAGAACUACACCGUUACCGCCUCUCCUGCAUCGGGUGUUAACUCCACCUGUGUCUCCACUGGGAGCAGCUGCUCCUUCCUGGACCUGAGCUGUGGUCAACUCUACACAUUCACCGUGAUGGGACACACUAAUGUGUGCAUGAGCGAAAUGAGUACACCAAUAGAGAAGAUGACUGCCCCGUGUGCUCCUACCAAUGUGUCAGCUAAUAUGAACUGUACCACACACGACGCUCUGCUCAGCUGGAGUAGUGCAGCUGGAGCUGAAGCUUAUAACGUCCAGGCAAACUCCACCAGUGGACAUGGCUCCUCCUGCAGUGUGGCUGGGACAUCGUGCAACCUUGACAGUCUGGUCUGUGGUGAGGAGUACUCAGCUGUUGUUGAGCCACUGGACACUGGCUGUCCUGGGCCUGUCAGCUCCCCGGUCACGUUUACUACUGAGCCUUGUGUUCCCACGUCUCUCUCUGUCCAAUACAACGCAAGCACCGCCCAGGUGAUGUGGGGCACAGCAAGUGGCGCCGACUCCUACUCUGUCGAAGCUGUGACCGACCAGGGCCCAGCGGUCACCUGUGACACCAACAACACCAGCUGCCUCCUGACUGGCCUGCAGUGUAGUCAGGUCUACAACGUGACUGUAAUAGCGCACAAUGAAGCGUGUGACAGCUCAGUGUCUGGAACUCAUCAGCUCCUAACAGAACCCUGUCCACCGACAAAUGUCCAGGCCAAUAUAGCCUGUGAAAGUCUGACUGUGACUGUCUCCUGGGACCAGAGUGCCCUCGCUGUGGGUUACGUUGCUUACGUUGACAGCCAGAGUGGCCACUACACUUCCUGUGUUGCCACAAAUACCCAGUGUACAGUCUCAGGAGUGAUGUGUGGUGCAGUGUACGAUGUCUGGGUCAAGGCUCUGGGACAAGUGUACAACAGCUCUGACAGCACAGUGGUGUCUCUUACAUCAGGGCCUUGCCAACCAAGCAGCAUAGACGCUGUGAUGAACUGCGAGGCUCGCUUUGCUACCAUAUCCUGGCAGCUCAGUGUUGGAGCUGUGUCCUACGCUGCUGAGCUGACAUCUACAUCGGGCCACGCCACGGGCUGCACCACAAACCACACCCACUGUGAGGUGAGCUCUUUGCAGUGUGGAGAGGAAUAUAACGUCACUGUGAUGGCUCUGGGGGAAACCUGCAACAGCAGUGCUCAGAUGGCAGGACACCUCACCACAGAGCCGUGUGUCCCCACAAAUCUCUCCAGCCACUACAAUGCAACCACUGCCCAGGUGAUGUGGAGUGCAGCCAGUGGUGCCAGCUAUUACUGUGUUGAGGCUGUGACCGAUCAGGGACCACUGGUGUCGUGCAACACCACAACAACCGUCUGCAUCCUGACUGGCCUGCAGUGUAGUCAGAUUUACAACGUCACUGUGAUGGCACAAAACUGGGCCUGCAACAACACUGUGACUUCGCAAUCGCACCGCAUUAUGACAGAACCCUGUCCACCCACCAAUGUUCAGGCCAACAUGGUGUGUGAACAGCUCACUGCAACUGUUUCUUGGGACCAGAGUGCCCUCGCUGUGGGUUAUGUUGCUUACGUUGACAACCAAAGUGGCCCCUGCAUUUCCUGUGCUGCCACUAACACCCAGUGUACAGUCUCAGGACUGACAUGUGGCACAGUGUAUGAUGUCUGGGUCAAAGCUUUGGGACAAGAGUACAACAGCUCUGACAGCACAAUAGUUUAUCUUACAUCAGCUCCAUGCCUGCCUGGAGAUAUUGUGACAGUAGCCAACUGUAACUCUGAUGGUGCUGCCAAUGUGUCCUGGAAUACAAUUUCUGGAGCUGCAAACUUUUCCCUGACAGCCUUUGUCAGUGGAAGUGUUCAGACUCUGUGUACGACUCAGGAGAACAGCUGUAAUGUGACAAAUCUAGCAUGUGGGGAAACGUACAACCUCAACAUCACUGCCAGCAACGAAGAGUGCAGCCUCACAGCCAUGAUGCCCACUAACGUCACCACACGUCCUUGUCCACCACAGGGUGUAACUGUUGACCUGGUGUGUGGCUCCAGCACCACAGUCUUGUCCUGGGUGGGCACAUCUGAUGUUGAACUGUACAAAGCAACUGCUAUAAAGGCAUCAGGAGGAGAGGUGAAGAAGUGUAACUCCACCGGCUCUACCUGUCACUUCCCAAGCCUGGUCUGUGGAGAGACCUACAACUUUACAGUCACAGCUCUGAGUCAAGACUGCUGCAGCCAGGACAGCACUACUGUGUCCCUCCAAACAGAGCCUUGCCAGCCUGUGAUUACAUCAGUUCAGACACUGUGUCAGAGUGAGCAGGUCCAGAUCUCCUGGGGUCAGACGAGCGGUGUUGUGAAUUACGCAAUCACAGUCAAAGGAAACCUUGAGUUUGUAAAAGACUACAAUACAACGGGGACCAUUCUGUCCGUCCCUCUGCCAUGCGGACAGCACUAUAAUGUCACAGUGCAAGGACAGGGCUAUGUGUGUGAAAGUAUCCCCAGCAGUCCUGCCUUCUUCAAGACUGGCCUGUGUGUCCCCCAGAAUGUGACGACCGAUAUGCAGUGUGAGUUAAAUAAGGGGUCCGUCAGCUGGGACUCAAGCGACGGUGCGGAAACAUACGUGGCCGAGGCGACAGGCCUGGACGGACACAAUCACCAGUGUCCCACCAACACCACCUCCUGCACCUGGAACGACCUGCACUGUGGGGAGAGCUACACCGUCGUAGUGAGAGCGAAAGAUGACAACUGCACCAGUCUGCCCAGCUCCAGCGCAGUCAUCCACAUGGAUCCCUGUGUGCCCGAGAAUGUGUUUGCUUCUGCGGACUGCAACAUGAAAGUUGUUUCUCUGAGCUGGGGUGCAAGUAAUGGUUCAGAAACAUAUUAUGUAACUGCUGAGGCAGAAAACACAACGACUCAGCUCACUAACGUCACCACAGUCGACUUUUUCGACUUAGCCUGUGGACAAGACUACAACCUCACCGUCACACCUCAUAGUAAUCACUGUGCUGGCAGCUCUAGUGAACAGGCUUUCAUACAGACAUGGCCGUGUGCACCUUCAGAAAUCGUAAUUCUUCACAACAGUCUCACUGACUUCGCCAUCAUAUUAUGGCAGGCCAGCAAUGGGUCAGAAAGCCACACAGUCUCCUUGCAGAGUGAUCGCGGCGUCUCCACUACAGCUGUGUCUGCUGGGAGUCAUUUGAAUGUCACAGACUUGGACUGUGGGUACAACUUCUCUGUGUCGGUCACAGCUUACAAUCAGCAGUGUAACGCCACCUCCAGUCAAAACAUAUUUCUGCAGUCAGUGCCAUGUGUUCCCACUAAUGUCACAGUCGUGAGGGACUGCGUCAACAACACUGCUCUUGUGUCCUGGUCUGCAAGUCGUGGGGCUUUACAGUACUCCGUGGCAGCCCACUGUAGUAAUGGCACCGUCAGCUACCAGACGUCUGACCUCAGCUAUAACCUUGACAACCUCACAUGUGGCAGCAGCUACACCAUUCACGUACUGGCCAUGGAUGACAGCUGCUCAAGUGCCCCAAGCCUGGAAGUGACGUUAGACUCAGCCCCCUGCCCUCCACAGAACGUGAGUGCCCAGUUCAGCUGUUCCUCAAAUGACAUGACCAUUUCUUGGGAUGCUGUUGGAGAGGCCGACCACUUUCUGGUGUCAGCAACUGCAGACAACAGUGGAAUCAGUGAAUCAUGCAACACCACAAACACACGGUGCUCCUUCAGCAACGUGAGCUGUGGAAAAACCUUCACUGUCCAUGUCACUUCUGUCAGAGGCAACUGCCACAGCCAGCCCAGUCAGACCUGCAGCAUCCUGUCAGCCCCCUGCCAGCCUCAGGGAAUCAGCGGCAACAUCGACUGUGUCACCAAUUCUGCUUGGAUAUCGUGGAGCGCAGCUCUGGGGGCGGACAGCUACACAGUGUCUGCUGUGGGUGGAGAAGACUACACGGCUAACUGCACCACCUCCAGCAACACGACAUGCGAGGUAGAAGACCUGGCAUGUGGUGUACGUUAUGAUUUCAAUGUGACUGCUGAGAACAGCCAGUGUGAGAGUCAGCCAAGUGCCACCAUCAACCUGCACACAGCGCCCUGCUCCCUCUCUGCUAUCACGGCCUUCCCCCAGUGCCACAAUUCCUCCAUCCUCGUCGUGUGGGAACUGAUGGAGGGCAGCGUAGGAAACACUGUGUACAUUGCAACAGCAAAAGCAAGCGAUAACACCACCCUGUCCUGCAAUGACACGGGCAUUAGCUGCUAUCUGCACGGAGCACAGUGUGACCUCCGGUAUACCAUCAUCGUAGCUGCUUCAUCGGACCAAUGCAGCAGCAUGAGAAGUCCACCCUACAGAAUUAACAUGGAGCCCUGUCCACCUCAGAACAUGAGCCUCAGUUCCUCUUGUGAGGAACAAAGUGUGAUGGUGUCCUGGACUCCUUCUCCUGUGGCUGAAGCCUACAGCGUUGUCGCCAUGGCCGCAGACGCACACGUGCACACUUGCAACACCACGUCGUCCAGCAGUAACUGCAGCAUAUCAGCGCUCCACUGUGACCAGCAGUAUACGUUUUUUGUCACUGCCAGUCAUGAGAAUUGCUCCAGUGAAGCCAGUGAAAACGCAACACUGAACACAGGUCCCUGCGCGCCCAGUGGAGUCUCCGUCACGUUCCACUGCAACAACGGGUCUGCAGAGUUGUCGUGGAUGCCCGGCGUGAGCGCUGUCGAGUACUACGGCUGUGCUCAGUCUGAGAAUGGAGACAUGCUGUAUUGUUACAGCACGUCUCCCACUUGUACCAUUGAGGGACUGGACUGUGGAGAAGUUUACAAUUUCACCGUCCAGGCCUCAGAUGGCACAUGCAACAGCUCCUUGAGUGACCCAGUGCAGCAGGGGGCAGUUCCCUGCCCUCCAGAUGGUGUUGAGGUGCAGGUGCUGCCAAUGCAGAUGGAGGCCCAGGCGCUGCUAUUCAGCUGGAACCAGGUCUCCUGUAAUGACAGUUGGUACUUGGUGACAUUAACAGGGAGUCUCCUGGGAGAGAGCAUGGCCCUGUUUCAGAUACUCUCCUAUUGGACAAACAGCUUGUAUUUUGAGAUUCCACUUCCCUGCGGGUCGUCCUACAACGCCACAGUGCACAGCAGAAACAGUGCCGGUACCAGCGAUCCUUCUGAGACUCUCAGUGGACUGACAGCUCCUUGUCCACCAACAAAUGCAAUGUACUCAAGUAGCGGCCCCGUAUCCUCCAUCAUGUGGGAUGCAUCAGUGUUUGCUUCAGCAUACACAGUGUAUGACAACAGUGUCACACCAUGGAUUCAGAUGUGCAGGGUGUCGGGGCUGUCCUGCAACCUCUCAAACAUCACUUCCAGUAACCUGGUCGUCACAGCCAGCAAUGCAGCUGGAGAGAGUGAAGUUUCCAUUAUCAAUUCUGCACCAUAACUACGCAGCUAGGGGAGCUCUUACUGGAAUGCAGAAUGAGGACCUCCCAGCUCCAACUCUUCACAUCACACAAACAACUCCACCAAUGAUGAGGAAUGUAUAGUGCAGGGGUGUCAAACGCCGAUGACCUGGGGGCCAACGGGCAUCUAGUCUGGUCAAGGGGAAACAACAGUUCAGUAGAGGGUGGGCAAUAUGAUGUUAAAAUUCUAACACAAUAGAUCAAAUUUCACAAACUUUCCAAGUAGCAGCGCUUGUUUCGUUAUGGAACGACACGCGACUUACUGAUAAUAACAAAUUUAUGAUGCAAAAUAAAUCUAGUCGUAGCAAAGACAGAGAAAUGAAUCUAAAACUAAGUAUAAAAUACUGUGGACAACUGUAAUUGAGACACCAGACAUAUUCUACUGUUAAUAAUGUGAUAAUUACAAAAAAAGGUCUUCUUAUUACUAUUAUA